UUGCAGAGCUGGCAGCUGAAUGGCAAGUAUCUCAGACAUUGCAUUUCUCGUGUUUUCAAUUAGUCUAGCACCAGUUAUGUUUAUUAUCUUUAUUUCAGGAAUAAUUAUCGCUGUGCAACUGGUCUUAUGUUGCAAUUUUGUUAGAUAAUAACGAAUCCCUUGCUUUAUCUCUUCAUCCUGAACAGCAGCACUUAUUUUGGAGUGUUUAAGGGAAAUGCAAGAAAGUUGAUGCUUUACAACCAUAUGCAACAUCGCUAAGCAGUGAUUCCUGUCUCAGUGUAAAAUGUGUCUUUUUCCAUGAAAGCAAACAGAUUGCAGACCUUGACCUACCCCAAGACACACAGUUAACACCGCUGGUAAUUAAGUUCUCAGCACCAUAAGAAAUAGCAUCAUCUCUCUUUAUUUGAUGUCAGUAGGGACUGCUUUGAGCUGCUUCCUGAAACGCAGCAUCUGUCUGAGCUUCUGUGUGUCGUGAGUUAUACAAAACACGUGCUGCUCAGAACGGGAAUUCAAUUGGAGACUGUAGCUGAGUUCCACUUGCCAGAUCAGCAAUGCUGGCACAGUGGCUCUGUGACACUCUCCAGUCAUGAGAAAACACACUGAGCUCGUGCUGCCUGACACUUCCACCCCUGAAACCCUGUCCUUUGGAAAUGCUGUACCUUUAUGCUCAGUGCUCACACAUUUGGUUCCUCCAGGUGCUGAAAGUCUUUUAUACAGCACAGUAUUCUUGUUAGAAGCAAGUUGUUAAGCUGCACAAUGCUCGCUAGGCUCUUAUUGUGCUUUUUAGUGCUGAAUUUUUAAUGCGUUGCCUCUUUUAGAACGCUUUGCCAUUUUAUCGCAUGUCUGAGACAGAGAGCAAUCUGUGCACCCGAUGAAUAAAAGGCUCUGCUUGUCUGAGCAGCGAGAAAGGUCAGCCGUGGAUCCCAAGCGAGCAUCAUCUGAAGCCCAAGGCUGAUGUUUGUCUGAGGCUGGAUACACGCAUUUCCUCCGCAAUGCACUCAGCCUGGCCCCCGGCACUGAGCCGCGCACCGCGUCUCCCUUCACAGCUCUCAGUCCUGAGCAAAGCGGUCGCCCCACAGAGCUUCGGAUCGGCAUCGCGACAGCGAGAGGCGAGCAGCCCAUUAAGGCAGGAGGCGAGCAGCCUUAUUAACAGAAGAGGUGAAGAGGCGAGCAGCCCAUUAAGGCAGGCGGUGCGCGGGCUCUCGGACUGCGGCGCAGCUGCGCCCUCUCCCGGUUCCCCGUUGUGGCGGAUGGUGACGCGCGCUGCGGCGGUUUGACCAGCGAACGGGCUCAGGCCGGCCGCGAGCUCCGUCCCGCCGAGGGACAGAAGCGCGUCGGACGGCAGCGCAGCCGCACCCCCAGUCUCGGCCCCGCAGCUCCCGGUCCCGCACCGCGCCGCGCCGCCCCCGGGCCGCCUGAACUCAGGGCGGGCGCCGCCCCGCCGCUGCGCCGGGAGAGAGCGGCUCAGCCCCGCCCCGCCCGCUUCUCCUACGGCGGCCGCGUGGGCCCGGAAGCCGGCUGCGAUGGCCGAGUCGGAUGGAAGCAGCGAUUCCUUCUCCCCGCGGAGUUCCGGCUCUGCCCGCAGCCGCCUCUCGCUGCCGUCCGCCUCUCGCAACGGCUCCGACUCGCAGCGCAGGCGGCGGCGGCUCUCGGGAAACCUCGGCCGCCCGCCCGCCUCCGAGAGAGGAGACGAGGAGGACGGAGAGGAGCCGGGGAGCUCCGAAGGCGGCGGCGAUGAGCGCAGCAGGAGGAUGAUCCGCAACCAGUACCGAGAGCUCAUCUGCAGCGUGCAGCAAAAUCGUGAGGAUAUGCUGAGUUCCAAAAGCAACAGGCUGACAGAAGCUUUGGAGGAAGCCAAUCAACUAUUCAGUGGAGUUUCCUGUGCACGAGAAGCUGCAUUGGAUGCCCAAUUUCUUGUCUUGGCAUCAAAUCUGGGAAAGGAGAAAGCCAAUGAGUUGCGCUCAGAGAUCACAACGUUUGAUUCUCUAACAUUUGCAGAAGAUUUGCUGACAUUCAUGGGUAUAAAUCGCACAGAAACAGAGGGAAACGAUAGCGAUUCUGAGAGCAUGUCAGGUGGCUAUUUACCUAGUAAUGCCUGGUAUAAGCUGGGAGAAGAAGCAGAAAAGUACUUCAGGAGAGCACCUUCUUUUCAUUACAUGUUGGGGUCUUUCAAGUCUGAACCUCCUGUACCCAGGCAGCGGAUUGAGAGGCAGAGAAAGGCUCCAGGAGGGGAAGGAAAACGGGCAAUGCCUGCUCAGUUAAAAAAAAUGGAGGAGUCUCAUCAGGAAGCCACAGCAAAAGAAGUGGAGAGGAUCUUGAGGUUGUUACAGACUCUUUUUAGAAAUGAUCCUCAUACCCCUAUUUCCUUCUUUGAUCUUGUGGUUGAUCCAAACUCCUUUGCGCGCACUGUGGAAAACAUCUUCCAUGUGUCCUUCAUAGUAAGGGAUGGUUUAGCAAGAAUAAAGCUAGAUGAUGAUAAAUUGCCAGUAAUAGAGCCUGUACAGAACGUUGAAGAAAGAAAUGAUGACCACAGUACUCGAGCACGGAACCAAGUUGUCAUUUCCCUGAGCCAUGAAGAAUGGAGGGAAAUUGUAGAAACAUAUGAAAUAACAGAACCUAUGAUCAGCCCUCCUGAUAGCAUUGAAGAUGAAAUGGAGACAGCUUAAUUGUUCAGGUGCCUUAAAGAAAGCUACUUAAAAAUGUAUUCUUCAGUUAAGAUUUUAUCUGUGUAUAUUGUAAUAUUAAA